AUGCGAGUGCUUUUCCAUCUAUGCUCAAUCAUCUUCCUGCUGCUUUUCUUUGCUUCAGGCACCUACAGUAGUACGCCAGGCUUUCCAAAUGAAGAAGAAAUUUUCGACGAGGACAUUCAAGACACAGUUUUAGCGUCAACUAUCGAUGGUCGUCUGAGAGCGCUUGAUGCGAAAACUGGAAAAAUAAAAUGGACACUAGAGGAAGAACCCGUCCUUCGUUCUCCAUCAGCCAUCAAACAGGGAUUCACAUUUCUACCGAACCCACUCGACGGAUCUCUUUACGUUUUGAAGAAUAGCUCUCUCAAGAAACUGCCGUUCAAUAUUCCGCAAUUGGUCCAUGCGUCGCCCUGCCGAGGGACCGACGGAAUUAUGUAUGCUGGAAGUAAGAAGGACGUUUGGUUUGGAAUCGAUCCGACGACGGGGUUGAAGUCCGAAACGCUCUCGUCAGCAUCAGCAGAUCGAAUCUGUCCAGCCAGCCAAAAACAGACGAUUUUCCUUGGUCGAACCGAGUAUCGAGUGUCCAUGUUUGAUGAGAAGAAUCGAGGAAAAACGUGGAAUGCGACGUUCAACGACUACUCGGCUCAUCUACUUCCAGAAGUCAAUUCGUGGCCAUUCCAGCAUUAUACGUCGUCGUCGCAUGGACAAAUUCUCACUUUUGAUAAGGAAACAGGAGAAAUCCAAUGGGAAGCCGAUCUGAAACAACCAAUCGUCGCGUUGUACCUUCUCCGCAACGAUGGUCUCCACAAGCUUCCAUUCGAAGUGAUGGGGAAAGAAACGAUGGAAAACGUGCAACAGAAAUUUUGA